GCCAUUCAUACCCCCCGUAGAAGUCCUUUUUGUUGCGGGAAUCAUGUAAGAAACAAAAUAUUAACAGUUGCAGGGAAACAUGCUAUUAGGUGUGCGAUUGUCGCCUUUCAACCGAACAAGUAUUUCGCAAACCCGCUAGGUAAGAAUUCCGAAUAUGUUUAUUUGAAUUUCAGUCAAACUCGGGUCACGCAGCUCCUCCUCCCCACAACUCCAUAUACCGUCUCAUCGUUCAACACGACGGCGAGACCAAAACCAUGCCUUCCGUCAUCAGCUUCGACGCUUUUCGCUUCCGCUGGUGGUCGAAGUCUACUGCCAAACCACUUCUACCUCCCAGUGAGGACCGCAGUGACCCCGAAGGUGUCAAGCGUCGUAUUAGCUUCCACAUUAGCCCUUCAAAGAACACCCGCCCACCCCCAGACCGACCCCGAGAUGUUCAAAAGCCACUGCCCCGAAUACCUACAGGGAGCACCGCCAAACUCUUUCACGAUGAAGUCGUGCACGAAAAGUCCAGUGAUCAUUUUCUCGAGAAACCAGCGAAGGAAACCGAGAAGCUUGUCCCUCUCCUAAGGUCAAAUACCAAUAUUCAUAAAUCAUCACCACGAACGACGAAAUCACAACCUAACAUGAAACCCUCGUUGAUUCGUCGCGUAACGUCUAGUCGUCACCCCCCAUGUCCAACACAUACCCCAGCUAAUGUAAAACGCUCUUCACGACUUCCUCGAUCACCUCGUGCCACUCUUGCUCGUUCUCCCACACUUCCUAAUUCAUUCGUCUCCCGUGAGAAUCGUGAGGCUGCGCUGCGUGAGCGUGGUUUACUCCCGCCCAAGAAAGAUCUCAGCCAACAGGAGCGUGAGGCUGAUGAGCGCCUAGCUUCCAUGCCUGCCCCUGACAAAGACCAGAAUGGCUUCAGUGCGGCAGCAAAGAUUAAAGAAGAAUGGUUGUCCAUAAAUCGUCCCUCUGAAACGCGUGCCCCGGAUUCUAUCUUCCCAAGACAGCUGCCCAGCCUUAGUGCGCUGGCAUUAGGGGCAUCCUCAUUGUCAUAUUCGGCAUCUUCAUCACUACCCCAGUCCUCAGCAUGUGAUUCCGAUUGCACUGGCGCGGACCUUAUUGCCGAGACGCCAUUUAGAACAAGGUCCUCGACUUCCAGUAGCGUCCCGCCCCUUUCCCCAUCUUCACCCUUAGAAGUACUAGAGGAAGAGCCUGCAGAGCAUGUGCCUCCAACACCACCGCCACCGCCACCGCACCAUGUCCAGCCGCCCAUAAUUAUAUCCACCCCAGUGGAGGAUUCUUUUGCCCCAGGUCACGCUGGUCUUGUCGAAAGCCCGAUUUCUUGUAACUUCUCUACCUAUCUUGCACCUCCAGGAUCACCAUCUCAGCCGCACACAUCCCCUCCGGUCAUACCGGACAAGGAGAACUCAUAUUCUCCAUUUCCGGCUUCUCCAUCCCGGCGGCGUACGAUGGAUUCAAAUGCUCGCAGACGUUCAUCAGUCGGAAUACAUUUGUCCAAAUUUGGCACCAACUCGCUCACCAAUUUGCGGCGCUCAGUGACCGGGAGCACAAGACAUUCAGGGUCUAGUGCGGAUCUAUCCAGUACUUCCAGUCAAUAUUCCUCUCCACGGGUAUCUAUUAUGCCAACGAUGCAUAACCGCGGAAGCAUACUGCUCGAGACCAAGGGUAUUCGAGAUGCGGAGAGUCGCCGACUGAGUGAGCUUGCAUUCUUGGAUUGAUCACGCGGAUCUUCGGAUUCAAGGGUUGAUACUCCCAUGGAUAUUGUUGAACAAUAUCUCCCAAACGUCCUCCAUUCUUUUACGGGUCACGCAUAAAUCUUCGCACUUCUUUUUCGAAUACUCGCACGCGUCACCGCUCACAUUCAUUCAAUGCUAUUAAAGGCCUAUAGACAUGGCGCCUAUUCAUCCAUCCACGCUCGUUGCAUACUUUUCGCAUGUAUUUUUAAACUCAUCAUCGAUCGAACCACUUUUGCGAUCGUCCCCGCUCAUUACAUUUCGGUGGUCCGUUAAUUCCUUGGGUUAGUGGUAAGUACAACCCAUGUGUUACUACCUACUUGCAUCCUCUCCUUUGAUACUUAUUCGUAGUUUAUACUAGUAAUCGAUUACGUUUUGAAUGACUUGAAUACACCUUCAAU